AUGGCACUGGUGGCUAAGGUUACUAGUUUUACCGUGAUGUUGCAGGUGGAGCAAUUUUUGACGAUGUCGGCUGGAUUAGAAACGUUUGCCUUGAAAGAAGAGGAUGCUAUAAAACUUUUGGCAUGUCAAACUCAUGUGGGUGCCGCUAACUGCGACUUUCAAAUGGAGCAGUACGUAUGGAAAAGGAGGGCUGACGGUAUUCACAUCAUCCAUCUACGAAAGACGUGGGAAAAACUAUUACUUGCUGCCCGUGCAAUUGCUGCCAUCGACAAUCCUGGAGAUGUGUGUGUCGUAUCGGCACGUCCAUAUGCGCAACGUGCUUUGCUCAAAUUUGCAGCCCACACCGGUUCUACGCCGAUUUUUGGACGUUUCACACCGGGCUGUUUAACCAAUCAAAUCCAAAAGCAGUUUAAAGAACCACGUUUGCUGAUUGUUUCGGAUCCUCGGGUUGAUCACCAAGCGGUAACGGAAGCGUCGUAUGUUGGUGUGCCAGUAAUUAGCUUUUGUAAUACUGACUCACCUCUAAAAUUCAUUGAUAUUGCAAUACCGUGCAAUAAUAAGGGCGUGCAAUCAAUAGGACUAAUGUGGUGGCUAUUGGCUCGUGAAGUUUUGCUUAUUAAGGGAAAGAUGACACGGCAGACAGGGUUUGUACUUGAUGACAAGGAAAUCAUGCCUGAUUUAUAUUUUUACCGCAAUCCAGAAGAACAAGAGAAGGAAGAACUGGCAGAACCGCGUGAAGUAAAAGAGCCUUGGCCUGGGGUUCCGCCUCCUGAGGUCGCAAAAAUUGAUGAGGUUGUAAGAUCCAUUGGAAUGUAUCAAACAAUAGGUGGUGUUGAACCAGCAAAAAAGCUGGACUUCAGCAUGGUCGAACCUGUAAGUGAUUGGGCGCAAGAAACGGAGCGAGCUGUGCAACUGGAUGCCGCACAACAGCAGGAGUGGGGUGCUUCAACACAAAAUUCCAACUGGUAA